GGCUGCCCGAGUCCAUCAUUGCAGCAGCGUGUGCCAGGAGUGGCCAGAGAGUUCUGCACGUGGAUUCGAGAAAUUACUAUGGUGGAAACUGGGCCAGCUUUAGUUUUUCAGGAUUAUUAUCUUGGAUUAAAGAAAAUCAGCAAAAGGCAGAUCUCAGUGAUGAAUGUGAGGACUGGAGAAAACUGAUCCUUGAGGAUGAAGAAGCAAUUGCUCUUAGCAGCAAGGAUAAAACUAUUCAACAUGUAGAAGAUUUCUGUUUUGGAGAGUAAGUAGAAAAGUAGAAAUUCAUGAGCAA